AUGGUCAAUGACUUUCAACUUAUUAUAGAUGACGAAAAAUAUUUUACUUUAUCUAAUGAAUCAGUAUCAACUAAUCGUGGAUUUUACUCAUCAGACAAAGGAAAGACACCACCACAAGUAAAAUUUAAACGAAAUCAAAAAUAUCAACGAAAAGUUUUAGUUCGGAUUGCAAUAUCAACAAAUGGAAUCUCAUCACCUUUUUUUCCUGAACAACAACAAGCUAUUAAUGAACUUCAUCUCAUUACAGCAAUAGCAUCACUCGUUAUUUGGAUCAAAACAAUGUACAAUUUGUGA